AUUAUAAGUAAACACAGCUUGGAAAGGUGAACAGAAACUUGGUGCAGGGAAGAAACUACAUUACUGUCUUCUUUACACACAACCAAAGAGACACUGAGUUAUUAUGCGGUUCAGCAUACUCUUCUUCAUCGUCCUCCUGGGCUUCCUCUGCCUCACACUGGCACAAGGCUCGUAUGAGGACUGCUGUUUGCGGUAUGUCAAAAAAUUAAAACAGUCCAUGUGGAACAGAGUGACCAGUUACAGAAAACAAGAGCUGGACGGAGGCUGCAACAUUCGGGCGGUCAUCUUCACGCUGAGAUACGGCCGCAUGUUCUGUGGUGAUCCCAGAGAGAAAUGGGUGCAAGAACUGAUGCACAGGGCGGACAGAGUGUCGGGCGGCUCUGUUAUGAGGAGGAAGCAUUCAAGGGGCUAAACACACCAGUGACGGCCGAGAGAGGACCAGAGAGAAAGCUGCCUGAGCAUCUCCGCCAAUCACAUUGUUUCUUCGAGUGCUGUGGCUCCUCCUAUUGUCUUUAUAAAGCUUCAAGUACUGGGUCCCUGAGCCCACAUUAUUUCAGUAUGGACUGACUGAAGUCCGCAGCAUUUGCUGUGAACUGUCCUGUGCUUGCUGUGGCACCAGGUGGCAUCUCCUGCUGGUUUAAUGCUCAAAAUGGGAAUAAUAAUUAUUACUGCUUUUCAGGCUGCUUUCACCCUCAGUUCAAGGCUCUGUCCCAAAUCCUAGUGAGCUCUCUUGCUGUCUGCUGUCUACGUAGGCAGCAACCUAUUAAGGCAGCAACAUAAUUGAAAUGUAACCUUAUAAGCGACUAAUUUGGGAUGAUCUACAUAGGCAGCGAAGAGCAUGGGAAACUCAAAAUUGAUUUCAAAAGUGUGAUGCUAACAAACCACAUUUUUUUAGACACAAUGCCAGGUAAAAAAGAACAUCAACUUUUAAAAGCGUGUAUCGAAACACCUGCGUCUAGCUUUUUUAGUGCAAGAACAUGUUCGGUCUGAAUGGCCCCAAAAUGGCAUGCUUAACUUUUUGGAACUGCCUUCACAGGGCACUAUGAUGCUUUAAAAUGCUGCCUACGUAGGCAGCUCACUGGGUUUCGGAACAGAACUUCUAUGUAUAGUGUCAGUAUGAGGGUUGUAUGAUUAAGCUAUUACAGCAUGAACUUUCACUUUGCACACUGCCAUUUAAUGCUUCCUGCCAGUAUCUACAGUAUAAUAAUCAGUCAGUGUGAUCAAAUUGUCUGACGAAUAUUAGCCAUACAUAUGGGUGCGAACAUUUUGCAAGCAAACUAAAAAUAAUCCUUAUGAGUUCCUGCUGAUGCACCGGGAAGUGAUUUCAUGAGUUUGUGUGAUACUAUAACACCGUGUAAAUAAAGAUUUGUAAUACCGCUUCAGGAAAUAAGCUUAAUGAAUGAUUAUUUUCUACUUAAUUACAAAAUGUAUAUUCACUGAUCUCAUUUAUAUUCAUGAAUAUCAAAGGUUUUUAUUCUAAAAAAAUAUCUGAAACUUUAUUGAGCAUUCGUAAUGUACGUUUGGUGUAUUUUUGUAUUUGCGUGGAUGUGCUUUUUCUUGAAAAUACUUUAAUGUCACAUUUAGUUUUCACUUUCACAAUUGACUUUAACAGUGAGAAUGCAACUUUAUAGAGGAACUGUUGCAAUGACUUUUAUUGUUUGGCUGUUUUGCAACUUGGCUGUCCCAUAUCAGAUAAAGAAUUUGCUUAUAUAUGGAAAAAUAAAAUGUAUAACACACUUA